AUGGUGAGAAGGGAGCAGGAAUUUAUCAACGGUAAUGGCAUAGAGGUAUUUGGAGUUGUGAACAAGGAUAUAACUCUCCAUCCAUCAUCUGAUACAGUUUUUAAAGAAAUAACUUGGAAAAAAGGUAGAAAUAAAGUUGUGGAAUGGUAUGAAGGCUCUUCUCUGUAUGAGGAGUUUCCACCGUUUAAGGGUAGAGUUUCCUUAAACACUACAACAGGUGCACUUACCAUCAUGAAUUUAACCUUAUCGGAUGAAGAUAAUUAUGAAAUUGAAUCUUCAGAUCUGAAAGCUGUGUUCUUUCUUUUGGUGCUUGAUCCAGCUUUUCUGCCUGUUGGAUAUGAUAGCAGCCCUGACCCCUCAGCUUUAAGUGGCAGCUCCAUUGCUCUGGCAUACCAUGAUGACAGCACAUACACUGGAGUCAAGCGAGUAAAAAUCUGA